AUGUCAGAAUAUUUUAGAAAAUACAUUAAAAAAGAAAACUAUGCUAAUCAUUUUAGUACUAAUAUCAAAUAUAAAACUUCAUUUAGAAAUUGCAUCUUGGAAGCAUUUAAGAGGAGAAAUUGGAAAGAGACUGAUGGUGACGAUUGGGACAUUAUGUGGGCUGAGAAGGAAUGGAUUCAUGAAGUUAUGGACCAUAUUCACUUGUAACCUCAUUAAAAAAUAAAUCAUUUUCGGAAUCAUUAUGAGUUAACUCGAAAAGAUCUCAUGAUUAAGAAUCUCAAAAAGUAGAAAAGAACACUAGAAAAAGAGGGUAAAAUUGACGAAGCCAAUGCUUAUAAUUUCUUUCCACUGACCUACCAUUUACCAAGUGAAUAUCCUAUCUUCAAUGAAGAAUUUAAAAAGCAAGGCGACAACAAAACUGCCUGGAUCAUGAAACCAAUAGGCAAAUCUCAAGGAAGAGGCAUAUUCUUGUUUAACAAAAUACAGUAGAUAUCCCAAUGGAAAAACCAAGUCAAGUUCAAUCCUGAAAAUCCAUCUGCUGAAUCCUAUAUAGUUUAAAGAUACAUAGCUGAUCCUCUCCUAAUUGGAGGCAAGAAGUUUGACACAAGGAUCUACUUGUUGUGUACUUCCUAUUCUCCGUUAACAUUAUACUUAUAUCGUACAGGUUUUGCGAGAUUCACUCAUCACAGAUAUGAUAAUGAAGACAUAACCAACACUUAUGUUCAUUUAACCAAUGUGGCCAUUUAGAAGACCUCAGAUAAUUAUGAUGAAAAACUAGGAGGCAAGUGGGAUUUAUAAAAAUUGAAACUCUUUCUCAUGACAAAGUAUGGACAGGAUAAAGUUUAGGAAUGCUUUUACAAUGUUCAAUAAUUGAUGAUUAAGUCAUUAUUGGCAGUUCAAAAGAUCAUAAUAAAUGAUAAGCAUUGUUUUGAACUCUAUGGAUUUGACAUCUUGUUUGAUUCUCAAUUAAAGCCUUGGCUUUUGGAAGUGAAUGCAAGUCCUUCUAUGACAUCUAACACUCCUAUUGACUUUGAAUUAAAAUGUGGAUUACUAGAUGAUGUUUUUACAAUUAUUGAUGUUGAAAAAAUAUUAACUGGAAAUGAGGAACAAAUUGGAGGGUUUGAUUUAAUUUAUAAAGGAGGCCCUAUAAAAAAUAAUUAUAAUUGUUCUUCAAUAUCAUUUCUUGGUACUUUUAAUAAUAGGAAAUUGCAAUUGAAGAAGUUAGCCAAGGCAUGUGCAUUGAAAUUGGCACAUGCAAAUGAGGAUAAUUAAGUGAAAAGUUCAGAAGGAACCAAGAAGGAUAAGGAGGAAAAAGAGAAGUAAAUGAGGAGUUCUUCAAAGAGUUCUUAGAUUGCAUAAUAAGUAUUUUUUGAAUUGAUUGCAGAAUUAAAAUAAUCCGAACAAAGUUGUAAUCCAAUCAAAAGGAGUGACGAGUAUUAAGAGAAACUCUACGGAUCUACCGAUAUUAAUGAAUAAACAAAAUACAAUACGGAAGAUGCCUUUAUAAAAUACUCAACAAAAAUAGAAAAUAUAAAUUUAACAAUAAAAAGGGGAAUACCAAUUUUCAAACUAGAAUAAAGUUUAAACAAUUCUUCGUUCAGUCCGAAUGUUAAAAUAGAGAGUGCUUCGAAUCAUCAAAAUCAUUAUUUAGCAAAGGAUAGUUUUCGGACCUUACCCAAAAUAGCAAAGAACGAAUCUUAUAUAUCAGAUGUUUGA